AUGAGGAAACAAACGAAGAUUUUGGCAGCUAAAAUAGACAGGAUUAAGGAGGGUAUUUCCAGUCUUACAAUUCCAGUGCCAACUCUAAUUCAACACCAACAAGUCUCUACAAAUUUGCCUGUUCCUAAGUAUUCCUGUCCACCACAUUGUAAAACCUGUGGACAUCCAAUAAAAGGUCAUCGCACAAUGCAAGCAAGUAAGACAUGUCCAAUGUGUGAAAAUAAGAAGUGUUCACCCGCCAGCAAGAAUCAGAAAUGCCAAUGUGAAUGGCAUAAGAAGCCUGUGUUAACACCAGAUAAGGCAAACAGUUAUCACAGUGUGCAAAUGAUAAAGCAUAAUGCGACAGCAACUGAGUUCAUUCUACCCCAGGAACUGUGUCAGUAUAGUUUGAGUCCAAAUGGUUUGACCAGCAAUGCUUGCACUGUAAUAGCUCUACUAACUGUGCUAAGUUUCUUGCAAGGAAACUUAAGUAUACCAAAACAUGACAAUGAUAGUGUACUUUCCAUUCUACCACAGCUACGGGAAGUUAUGAUUGAAGGCAAUACACUUUACAUCAUUAUCAACCCACAGUAA